AUGACUGCUCUUCGAGUUUUUCCAUUUAUUGGUGCACUUAUUGCUAUUGCUGCUGUUGUAUUAGCAAUUAUUGGUGUAUCAACUACCUAUUGGGUUUCAACAGGACUUAAUAUACAUUCUGGCCUUUGGCAAAGCUGUACAGCUGGUAUUUGUAUACGAACUGAUGGUGGACGAGCAGCUGCUUUCGCUCUUACUGCUCUCAUCGCCAUUGGUGUAGCUGCUCUUUUGGCUAUUUUCAGUGGUUUAGCAAGAAAUAAAUCCGAUGCAAGCAAUAACAUGGCUCGUCUUUGUGGUAUUAUAUCUGUUAUUUUACUUUUUUCAAGUGGUGUUCUUAUUGCUGCAUCACUUUAUACAUAUCUUGGUGCAAAAUAUGCUACUGGAUAUUCAUUUACACUCAUGGCUAUUGCACAAUUUUUGAGCUUUCUUGCUGCUAUGCUUGUUGCUCACUGGAUGGGACAUUCAUUUACUGUAAUCAGUUAA